GGUAAAUGAACCUCGGGGUUUUCGUUUUGCUCUUUUUGUUUCCUGUUCUCUUUCCCCUCGUUGACUCGUGUUUGCUGAUGAUGGGUUUGGCCAGAGACGUUUCGGUUUUCUUUUGUUAUGGCGUCGGAUAACGGCUCUCCCCUCAACCCCACGGUUCCCCCCCGGACGGAAAGAGAUCAUGUCGUUGCUGUAUUCAGAGAGCAGACGAUAUGAUGACUUCUUACGUGCCCUUGCCAUGUUCAGUGCGGUGACUGGAGAUGCGCCGUCCUAGGGAGGAUGCCUACCACGGUCUUCAACCUUGGCAUCGCUGUCGUGCAUGGUGGCGGCCUUCGCUCCCCGUCCACGAGACGGAACCCGAGCAUCAUCCUCGCCGUGAUUCACGUCAUGCGGCAGAGGCUUUCCCGGCGAACGUAUAUACUUCCCACGAGAACCUACCCCAGCCACCCUUACUCGUUUCUCUCUCUUUACGGACCACCAGCUGGCUCCCUGCACUGACGACAGCCACGCAGACAUGAAGCCGCAGAUCAGCAGCAGCAUCCUCCUCGCGCUCUUCCCCGGAGCGGCCCUCUCCCUGGGCAUCCUCUACGAGCGGACGGUCGCCAAGGUCCUCGACCACAUGCCCGCGUGCGGCUGGUCGUGCUGGCCCCGGGGCGUCUCGGCGACGCCGUGCGCGACGGCGGACAAUAUCACCUGCAUCUGCGGCAGCAUCGGCAAGAUGGGGUCCGGCAUGGAGGGCUGCGCCGAGGACCGCUGCGACAAGUCCAACUGGUGCGAACUCGGGGCGGAGGUGGGCAUCACGCUGAGCGUCAUGUGCUAUCGCCUGUGGGAGCUGCCGGCCAACUCCACGCAAAAGGCGGACGCUUCGGCGGCGGUGUCUACGCACCUAGCGCAGCACGCCGAGGGAUCUGGCCUACGCUGCCAUGGGCAGACGCAUGCUACGCGAGCGUGA